AUGAACGGCACUCCCCUCCUUCCGUCUGCCUUUCCACAGACACCCAAGACUAUCCCUGGGAGAAGAAAGCUUUUUGAGACGCCCCGAUCCCAAUCUCGCGAUGUACGAGAAAGAAAAUCAUCCUCUAAAUCCCCGACGAAAGCAUCAAAGGCACCAAGGGCGCCACCAGCUCCACAGGCACCCCAGAAUACCAACACGCCCCUCAUCCCAGUCAACUUGAUUGAUGCGCCCUCGCAGCGUCUUUAUGUUGUGGCCUUUUAUCUGGCCCUCAAUGCGUGGCGCAUAUAUGAAUCCUGGACCGCUUCCGAUGAGCUAGACUCGACUUGGUUAUUUUUAAAAUGGGUGUCGGUGGAUGGAAUUUUCUUGUUCGGCCUGCAGGCUUUGAGCAUACCAUGGCUGGAGUGGGCAUUCCCGACUACACUAGCUCUGUUUUUAUUGCAUGUGGUUGGCAACGUCUUUCUCAUGUUUCAAAUACCAAUCCCUCUAGGUGCUUGGCUUGCGGGACUGGUCAAAGUUGCUUAUGAUCGUGAGCUGUCAAUCUCCGAGCGCAAAGUCAAGCCGGGCGACAUCAUCCACAACGCUUCAUUGAUCUUGGGAAAGCAAAUUGUGCACAUUCUUCCAGAAGGUUCUGCCGUUCUCAAUCCAGAUCGAGAGCCGUUAUGUCUUGACUCACAGCGAAACACCGUGACCCUUCCCAUCCGCGUGAAUCAGACGGAUCCCAUUCUCAUCGAAGUGUUGCGCCUCGACCUGAACACGGGCGAAAAUGAAACUUUGACUAUUCCUUUCAAACAACUGAAGCAACUUAGGAAACAGGCGGACAAGAGACAUGCAACCCAGGAUCCUGUCCCUUAUCGGGAUCUUCAUUUGCCCGUCAAAAAGACGGGUAUCUAUCGUCUUCAACGGGUGGUGGAUGAAACUCAGCUCGACGUGCGCACGCGCACAUCUGAUGCCUUGGUGGUGGCCUGCCCACGAGCGCUGAUCAAGAAUUCGCAUACAAACAAAUGUAAAGGUGAACUGUCUAACUUGAUUCUUGAGGUUGAGGGCACACCUCCCCUGAAGAUCAAGUAUAGCAGGCAGGUAAACCACCAUGACCGUGGCUUUUCUUUCCAACACAUACAACCGGAUAACCUACGUUCGCCUCUUCUGAGCCAGAAGCAAGUUGGUGCUCUCUUCAGUAUCAAUCAACCCGAUAUCUCAUGGGCACAGAGCCAGAAAAUUGAUCUCCCGUUGAAUGAAUCCCUAAACGUCGGCGGAGAAUGGCUUUAUGCUAUUGAAGAAGUGCAUGAUGCUUGCGGCAAUGUUGCCAACUACUCAACCAUUUUCGAGGAUAACGAGCGGCCGUCUACCAAGUCGUUAUCCCAAUGGCACCAGUUUUCGGUCCAUGAAAGCCCACGCAUUUCCUUGUCAGGAUGCAAUGAUCAACGUCCGCUGGAGGUUGCCCGCGGGAAUAGUGUUGACCUCCCCAUCAAAUUCCAGACUGACGGAGCUAGGUACACCGGCGACGGGCCCUUCUCCGUGGUCUAUACAUACAACGAUGGCUCGGAUACGCAGAAGAGCGCGGAUUCCAAAGAAACCACGCUCGUCUUGAGGUCUGUGGAUCAGAAGUCGCCCAUCAAAGAACCGGGCUGGUACUCUUUGACAUCUGUUUCGAGUCAAUUUUGCCCCGGCGAUAUCCUGGAACCUUCAUCAUGUUACUUGCACAACCCCCCUGAGCCUGAAAUCUCUGUUAAGGCUGAAAAAAUAUUUGAUCGGUGUGCCAACAACGCAGUCGGCUUGCUUGUUGAUCUUGACCUGACGGGGUCUCCACCAUUCCGUCUGCGGUAUAGUAUUGAGAACUCCAAGGGAGCCAUCACUAAAACGCAUAAGAUUGAUGGACCACGAACACAGUUAGACUUCACGCCUUCGGAAGCUGGCUUCUACCGUUAUCGCUUCCUCGAUAUUGAAGACUCCGUGUACUCACCGCGAUCUCUGAAAGAUAAAGUGGCUCCAUUGGAACAGGAUGUCAAGCCACCAGCUUCCGCUCACUUCAUUGGACCAAAAGAGGUACGCAAGGCCUGUUUUGGAGAGUCUAUCUCUGUAGACCUGGCUUUCCUGGGAGAAGCUCCAUGGACCCUGCAAUACGAACUCCUUCACAAUGGCAAGAGAACAAAGCAUGUGCUUCAGUCAGACUCGGAAUUGGCAACCAUCACUACGGACAAGUUGACAAGCGGAGGCGAGUACACCCUCGCACUUACCAGUGUCAAAGACAAGUCGAAUUGUAAGCGGACACUCAAAGAAAUGAUGAAGAUCGAUGCGCGGUCAAAGCCACCUCACGCUUCCUUUGGUCAGAUCGACAAGAAGAGGAGUUUAUCUGCCAUGCAAGGCUCGAAGAUUGAAGUCCCGUUGAGGUUGAGUGGUGAGCGGCCAUGGACAGUGAAAUACAAGAACAUAGAUGCCCACGAGGAACCUCUCCAGAAAACCUUCUGGAACGAGAACAGUGUUUUGCUCGUGGAUCAAGAGGGCCUCUAUGAGCUUCUUGAAGUGUAUGAUGUUUCUUGCCCAGGAUCUGUGGACCCAGUUGCCAAAGAAUUCGAGGUUUCGUGGAUCCCCCGACCCCAAGUCACUGCUGUGGACGGCGCACCUGUUCCUUCGUCAGGAAAUUAUGUCAAACCGGAAGUCUGCCAAGGCGACGACGACAGCCUUGAACUUCGUCUAUCCGGCAAUCCUCCUUUCGCUCUUCAGUACGAGCAACGACGCAAGACAGAUCGUGGCACGUCUUCUGUUCGCACCAAAAAUUUGCGAACUGCACUUGAUGUGCUCUCGACUGAGAUGGACACCUCUGAGCCUGGGCAGUACACUUAUAGAUUCACCGAUGUUGGUGACAAUCUCUACGACCAUGACCUGAAGAGCAGUGCUUUGAUUGUGACGCAAAAGGUCAACUCGCUUCCCACCGCACGCUUUGAUUCUCCUGGUCAUAUCUACGGAUUUUGCAAAGAGGAUGCCAGUGGUGAAGAGACAAUUCCAAUCACUUUGGAAGGUGUCCCCCCCUUCUCGUUAGAGAUUACCAUCAAGCAUCACUCGAAUGCCAAACCAGAGAUCGUUUCCAUCCCAAAGAUUAAUUCGAAGCAUCACAAUCUACCAAUUCCUCGUCGCCAUUUAGACCUCGGUCAACACGUGGUGAGCAUCCAUAAGGUGCGUGACUCCCGUGGCUGCCAGAGAGCCACCGAAUACGAUUCUUCCUCCGUCCGUGUAUCUGUCUCCGAUGUUCCCACCAUCAUUCCUCUUGAAUCCAAGAUCGACUAUUGCGUGGGUGAACGGUUGUCAUUUUCUCUUUCGGGGCAUGCUCCGUUCGAAGUUUUCUAUACUUUCGACGGAGCUCAGCGAAAGGCCACAUCACAGAACACGAACUUCCGUCGUAUCGCUGAACGUCCAGGUGAAUUCACCAUCACUGCUGUCGGGGACGGAGCCAGUGGGAAGUGCAAGGCCCACAAGGAUAUCACCAAGGUCAUCCAUGAGAUGCCCAGUGUUCGGAUUAGCAAUGGCCAGGUUUCCGUGGUCGAUAUCCACGAAGGUGGGGAAGCUGAACUUCACUUCGAUUUUUGGGGCACGCCGCCGUUUGAGUUCACAUACAUUCGAAGCUCCAAUGCUCGCAAGGGCAAGAAGUCUGAGGUACUCGACAUCAAGCACGACAUCUCCUAUGAGCAUCGGAAGACCGUCAGGACCUCUGAUGAAGGCACGUAUGAGGUUGUGGCGAUCAAGGAUAAGUUCUGUUCCUUCUCAUCGCAGGUGCCAACCGGCAAGUCGGGUCGGGGUUCUUCAUGA